AUGAACACGACGACCUACAACGAGGAUAUUUGCCAACCCUUAUUAUUCAACAUCUCUUCCAAUGGAUUAUGGGAGAAUUUAAAGUCGCCCGGUAUGAUAUUUGGGUUUUCAUUGCCACUCAUGGAGAUUCAGAUAUUACUCAUCUUGGCAUCUAUCGUCAUGACUCAUCACAUGUUCCUCAAAUGGAUCGGCAUUUCCCAGAUCGCUUCCUAUAUGAUCGCUGGUAUAAUUUUGGGACCUCAUCUGUUUGAUCUCAGGGAGAAGUCAGCACGGAAACUAUCGUGGGAUCCUGUGCUGAGUGGAAACGUGUCGUUAAGAGCCUUCUCGGCUUGUGGAGGCAUGAUGUUUACAUUCCUAAUGUCCGUAAAGACCAGUCGGCGAGUGGUCUUCAAUACCGGACUGUUGCCCGUUUUUAUUGGGAUUUUGACCUUCAUCGUUCCUCUGGUUAUAGGCCUCGGUUUUCGGAACCUCUUCACUGAUAACCUCAACCCAAACUACAUGCCGCCAAAAAAGGCCCUCUCCGAGCGUUCUGUGAUCUUUGCAACACAAUCUUCGAUACUCUUGCCCACCAUAACCUAUUUAUUGUCGGAGCUCAAUAUACUUAACUCUGAGUUUGGUCGCCUUGCGUUGUCUGCAUCCAUUAUCAAUGACAUUCUUAGUGUUUCUUUCAUUGUACUCGCUUAUUCUCUGGGAACAUACAAAAACAUCUCACACUCGACCGCCUACAUUGACCUUAUUGCGAUGAUCAUCUUCUUUCUCCUCGUCUUUUUCGUUGUUAAGCCGGCCAUGGAAUGGAUAGUAGAACAAACACCAGAAGGCAAACCUGUGGCGGAUAGGUAUGUACACAUUGUAAUAUUAACAGUAAUGGGCUCUGCCGUUUACUCCACGGCCUUUCACAUGAAAUACCUCUUGGGACCACUCAUGAUCGGCCUCGUUAUACCAGAAGGUCCACCUUUAGGAUCUACCUUAGAGGACAAGUAUGAGAAGCUCACGUUAAACGUGUUCUUGCCAAUCUCGAUCGCAUUCAGCACGAUGCGAUGUGAUAUUAUGAAGAUUGUUUACGACCUAGAUGAAAUCAUAUACAACAUCUUCCUAAUGGUGCUGACACUUGUCUUGAAACUAGUUGCGGGUAUUGCAUCUUGUUUGUACUGCAAGUUACCUCUCACGGAGUCCAUAGCUCUUUCCAUCCUCUUGAGCUGCAAGAGUUUCUCAGAGAUCUUUCUUUACGAAUCUACAUUCGAUGACAAGUAUAUAUCGCAUGCAACAUACUCGUUUUUGAUCUUUUACGCGCUAUUCUACUCUGGGAUUGUCCCGCUAGCCAUAAGGAGUAUGUAUGAUCCAAAGCGGAAGUACAUUGGUUACCAAAAAAGGAACAUCUUGAGUCUAGAACCAGACUCAGAUCUUCGUAUCCUAACUUGUGUGCACAAACCUGAGUAUAUCUCUAGGGCCAUUGAAUUCAUCCAAUUAUUGUCCUCGCCGAACCAAGAACUCCCCAUAAUGGUUACGGUCCUCCACCUCGUGAAGCUCGUGGGACAAAUCGUCCCGGUCUUGAUCUCGCACAACAAGAACUCAAAAAAAUUGAUCAAUAACUCCUACAUCCAUACCGCAAACCUUGUCUUCAGCCAGUUUAUCCAGGAGAGCUUGGAUUCAACGAAUGUGGCCAUGUUCACAGCUCUCUCGCAUGAAAACCUAAUGCAUGAAGAUAUCUGCAUGCUCGCACUAGACCAGACAUCGUCCAUGAUUGUAGUCCCGUCUGGAAGAACAUGGACCAUUGAUGGGGCGUUUGAGGCAGACGAUCCGGCCAUAAGGCGUCUUAACACCUCACUACUCGAAUAUGCGCCAUGUUCUAUUGGGAUAUUUGUGGAUCGUGGACAGUUCUUUCGUAAAAGUCAGAGAAGGGACAACAUUAACGUAUGUAUGAUAUUUAUUGGAGGCAAAGACGAUCGCGAGGCAUUGUCAUUGGUGACUAGGAUGAAACACAACCCAAACGUCCGUGUGGCUGUGAUUCGACUAGUAUCUAACCUAGAAACAGAUUCGACGAACUGGGAUUACAUUCUUGAUCACGAGGUUAUAACAGGAUUGAAAGAUUCGGAGGAAACAAAAAAUAUAUCAUAUACAGAAAGGACUGUGACCGGUGGUCCUGAAGUGGCUACUUCAGUUCGACUGCUCGCAGAAGAGUAUGAUCUUAUGGUGGUUGGGAGAGAUCAUGGAAUGUCAUCACCAGAUUUUUCAGGACUGAAAGAAUGGAUAGAACUACCAGAGUUAGGUGUCAUUGGAGAUUUGUUGGCAGUUAAAGAUCUUAGAUCUAGGGCCUGUGUUUUGGUAGUUCAACAGCAACAUCACUCAUGA